UCUAGCUGUGCGUGCAGAUGCAACCGAGUGAAAAAUAUUGUUGGCGCCAACUGUCAAGUUCACUUAUCUAGCAUUUAGAUUUUCUAUUUCAAAUACAGGCAAAUUAUUGAUAUAUGAUACUAAAGACGUGUAGAAAAUUAUAAUAUUAAAAAUAAACUAAUAAACCGUGGCAAUAUACAUCGCAAGUUGCUGUAUGACUGGUUGCAGACUGAUUGACAUUAGCUUAAUUGCCCUGACGUUUUUUAUAACCUAAAAAAUUGAUUUUCAGUUUUCAGCUUUUAACAUGACGCUACUUGUUUUGAACAAUUAAUUUUGUCGUUUCAAAAUGAUUAUUUAAAGCGUUUUGAUUUAGUUCAUGGAUUUGCACAGUAAAAAUGUCAUCACCAACGUUACAAGAGGUUGUUUCACCUCCGCCGGUGAAGAAACACAAAAAACACAAAAGCGAAAAGAGGGAAAGAGAUGAAAAAGAGGCAUCAGGGUUGAAGCUGAUCCUAAAAGUGGGAUCCCAGGCGACUCCAGAGCACGAAAACGAGUUUGGUCAAACCUUACCACUUAUGGGUGAAGGAGGUGAUCAAAUGCAAGUAGAUUCCACUGAUCCUUAUUUUGGGCUAUCCAAGUCUCAUCACAAGAAGUCCAAGAAGAAAAAGAAGAAGAAGGAUAGGAAUAAGGACAGGGAAAAGAAGCAUAAACAUCAUAAGAAACGGAAAAGGGAUAGUGAACCUGAAGAUAUUUACCAACAGAUCGGCAGUCCAGGUAGAGAACAGCGACAAUGUGUAAUAAAAAAGUUACAAGAGCGCACAUUCCUUUCAAAAGGCCUAGACCACCUACUGGCCCAGCUUGAAAAGAAGGACCCCCAGAAUUUCUUUGCUUGGCCUGUUACUGAUGCUAUUGCACCAGGGUACUCUCAAAUUAUUUCCAACCCUAUGGAUUUUAGCACUAUGAGGCAGAAGAUAGAUCAAAAUGAAUAUAAGCAUUUAGAUGAAUUCAUCGCCGAUUUCAAGUUAAUGUGCGAAAACGCGAUGAAGUACAAUCAUGCAGAGACAGUAUAUUACAAAGCUAGCAAGAAGUUGCUGCAAGCUGGUCUAAAGAUGAUGACGUCCGACAAAUUGGGCUGGAUGCUGAACUUGGUGCCAGAAAUAACCAGCGAGGAAGUAGGAUUCGAGAUUACGGCAGAGAUGCGAGCUACCAAGCAGCAAGAUGAGCUCGAAGAUAGUGACCAGGGUCAUGAGCAUAAGAAAAAAAUGCCACCAACGAAAUUUGAAGCUGUUCCGGAUGAGUUGACUCCUGAGGAGAUUUUGGCCAAGUCGCAAAUGGCUGCGAGACACGCUAAAGCCAAGUUGAUCCAAAAAAAGGGCGGUCCGUCCGGCAUGGGUUUCCUGAAACCAAAGAAGGACGGCACCACCCACCUGAACAUCCUGGUAGGCGGAGACGGCGUCAUUCCGGGCACGCGCAAACGGCCUGUGCUGCUCGGCCAGCUGUGCGGCAAAGUGACAGAUGGCACCAGCCAAUUGCAGGGCUUCAGGGAGGACAGGAGGAAUGUGGCCAAACCGGUGAAGCCCUUGUACUACGGGGCGUUUGGGAGUUAUGCGCCUAGUUAUGAUUCUGCAUUUGCUAAUCUCAGUAAGGAGGAAAGCGAUUUGGUGUAUUCUACGUACGGGUCCGACACUGCCGUGCAGUAUGCAGAAAGUAUCCAAGACUUCGCAAAAGAGUCCGACUACGCUACACAUUUGGUGGACUCUUUGUUGGACCUUCUGACAGGAGGUGACCACUCCAGAACUAGGAAGGUAUUAGAAGACAAUAAGAAUCUUCGCGAGGAAGAAGUUGCCGUCAAGACAAUGCUCGAAGUCAAGCCUAUUGACGCGGUUAAAGUCAGUGUUGACGAAUUGAAGAGCUUGCAAGAGCUUGGCAUCGACGUAAACUUCCUAGACAACAUGGAGGAAGAAAUCCGGGUCUCCGAAGAACGUCACGAACUGCAGCAACGCCUGGACAGCAUGUGCGAAUUGCUGAAGAAGCUGCAGCAAACGCAGUACCAACGUCUUUCCGCAGCACCACCUCCGCAGCUGAACAAUUGCCUGCCACCUUCAGAAGAGGAAACUCAACUCGCGGAGAACAUUACCGAAAAUCUGACAGAUAUCGCCAAAAGGGUUGCACCAGCGGAUGUGGCGCCUGUCGCUGGCAUCAGGAAGGCGUUGGGUAUCAGUAUGCCGGAAGUGAAUGCCCCUCCGGCACCCGAAGUGCCGAAUAUAGAUCUGGAGUCUGAGUUGAGGCAGUUUUUGGAAAGUGAGCCGAGUUUGGCGCCCAGUCCGUUGAGGGAUGAUAAGACUAUUGAAGAGAUUCUUAUGGAAUAAAAAUAUUGGUAUUAACUGAUUGUAUAAAAUGAUGCCCAAACAUAAUGUCACCCAUUACUAUUGUAGUAGGCUUCGGACAUAUUAUCCAACUUUAAGACAAAAAGUUGAUUUCAAUUUUAUACUUUCUGUAUCUACCAACAGUUGAAUACUUUAGCUAUUUGCUGUAAUUCUUAGAUAAGCUCUGUUUCUAAUUUAAGGUAAUGGAAAAAUUGUGAUGAAUAUAUUAUUAUUCAGUA